UGCAAAACCUCAUCAGAACAGGAAUGAACUCUGCAGAUUUUAGCAGCAAUAUAACACAAAAGACAUUGGUCUGGUAAUCUCUUUACAGCGAUACUGGGCAGGAGACCUGGACAAGCAAGGCAAUGGCAAUGACUAGGUCAUGGCACCAGAUACUAUGGCAACAGUCGAGUGUGGCUGUGGCCGUUGUGGCAUGCUCACUGUUCAAACAUUUGGCCUUGGCUGAUAAGGAUGAUCAAGAUGAAGGGAUACAAGCAGAUGGAGUCCCUGAAUUUAUGCCCAAGUUUCUUCAGCAAGGAGAAUGGGGCAAGGCUUUCUCUCAAGCACGAGCUUCUUCGUCAGAUGACAGUGCCAAAAACCCCAGUUCCAAGAAGCAAGCUUACAGUGGCUUGUUGGGCUCUUCGUUCACAAAGACCUCUACCCGAAAAACUGGUCAGUCAUCUGGUGGAGAGGUUAAGGGCAUCAAGAAACCUAGCGAAGAUGGAUCACAUUCAGUAUUCAGUGGUGGUUGUACAAGCAGACCAAAUACACCUCAGAAUGCUGUUUUGCAGUGCUCUUUAUACAGUGGCUGUCGAGCGUCUUGCAUGUCAGGUCACAUGUUUCCAAAUGGUGAAAAACAAUUGUUCAUCACCUGUCAGGAGGGAGAGUGGCAAGUAGAAAAUGCUGAAUGGGAGGUUAUUCCAGAUUGUGAACCUGUAUGUCUGCCACCCUGCCAACAUAAUGGAAUCUGUGUGAGGCCAAAUGAAUGUACCUGCCCUGAAAAUUAUGCUGGCCCACAGUGUCAAUUUGAGAAGAAGCCGUGUCUUAAUUACCCACCUCUCCCUGCAAACUCACGUCGUUCAUGUAACUCAAAGACCUGCACUAUCAUGUGUGCAGAUGGUCACAAGUUCCCAGAUGGGUCAGCCAUUGCAAACAUGGUUUGUCGUGAGGGAGCCUGGAUUCCUAGCCAACCCGAACUGAAGACCAUACCUGAUUGCCAACCUGUUUGCAAACCACUGUGUGAGAAUGGAGGUAACUGCCUAUCUUUCAAUGUUUGCCAGUGCCCACAAGAAUUCAGAGGCCCUCAAUGUCAGUAUGCUGCAUCAGCAUGCUCUGCAGGGAAGCUAGGGUUCAAUGGAGGCUACAGGUGCAGUGGAUCUGACACUGGUGUCACUUGCAAUGUCAGCUGUCCUUCUGGGUCGCACUUUCAGGAGCAGCCUGCCUCCCAGUAUGUGUGUCUCUACUCGACAGGAAGUUUCCUCCCAACUCCUGUCCCACAGUGCGUCUUUGAGGCUGGUAUUGAAGUGUUACCUGGGAAUGCCCUACCAGAGACUUUGCAUUAUGGAUCACUAAAUUCAAUCAAUUCUGUGAACUGGAGCAACUCUUCGAGCUGGUCUCAGCUUAUUGGAGGGAUCUUGCCAUUUGAAGUUGGGAUCUUAGGGAGACCAGAAAUAUCAGUGAUACAGCAACUGCCACAUCCCGGAUUCUGCUACAUAUGGGGACAAAGCCAUUACAAAACUUUUGAUGGUCAAGUGUUUAGUUUUGAGAGUCAGUGCUCAUACACAGUGGCACUUGAUGCGGUGGAUAAUACAUUUACUAUCAAUUUAGAACCAAAAGCUACUCACACUGCCAUCAAGAUUUUUGCACAGGACAAGGCAUACACCCUGACCCUCUCAGGUGAAGGGAGCCCAAUUUUCUAUGUUGGGACACGUCGUGUAGGAAUUCCUACACAGUUGAGUGGCAUCAUAGUAGAAUAUGAAGCCCAUUUUAUAAUCUUCAAGCUCACAGGCAUUGGGCUUACAGUAAAAUGGGAUGGCCAGGAUUAUGUGGGUGUUGGUAUAAUGGAGAAUCUGUGGAACAGGACUGCAGGCCUGUGUGGGCUGCUGGAUGGGAGAGUUGCAAAUGACUUCACAAGUAAAGACAGUUCAUCAGCACAUAGUCUUUCUUCUUUCAUCAAUAGCUGGAAGGUUGAACCACUGGGAGCUGAUCAGUGCACAUCACCUCCGGUAGAAACUCAUGCAUGUGGCAGGUACAAAGUGCAUGAUGAUGAGGAAGAGCAUUUUCAGCUUGAGAGUGCUGCUACAACAUUUUGUAACAAACUUCUUCAGAAUCCUAGUUUUUCUGCUUGCAGAGCUGUUGUAGAUGUGAAGCCAUAUUAUGACGCUUGCAAAUGGGACUACUGUUCCUGCAACCAGUCGAAUUCUCGGCGAAGUGAGUGUGCUUGUCAGUCCUUUGCAGUGUUUGUAAAGGUGUGCAACCAACAAAGCAAAACAACAGCCAUCAGGAAUUGGAGGGAUGAUGCCACAUGUCCUGUGCACUGUACUGGAAGUCGGGUGUAUUUUCCAUGUGGACCAAGUUCACAAGAAACUUGUAGAUCAGUAACCGUACCUGUCAUGACAUCAGUCACAGAGUCAUGUGAGGAAGGCUGUUACUGCCCUUCGGGUACAGUGCUGCAUGACCAGCAAUGUGUUUCACGGGAGCAGUGUCCUUGCCAAUGGCGGGGAAGGAUGUUUCAGCCAGGAGAAAAGGUACCAAAGGAUUGUAACACAUGCACAUGUGUUGGAGGACAGUGGUCAUGCACACAAAUAAACUGUGGUGCUCGCUGUGGAGCUAUUGGAGAUCCUCACUACCUUACAUUUGAUGGAAAACGCUUCAAUUUCAUGGGGAAAUGCUCAUAUCACCUCUUAAAGGGAGAAAAUUACAGCAUAGAGGCAGAGAAUGUGGCUUGUGCAGGUGCCAUCUCAGAGGCAAUGAGUUUCCUUCCUUCAAGGAGCUCUGAGUAUCCGUCUUGUACAAAGACUGUUACCAUAAAUCUCAAUGGACAUAAUAUCAAGUUGAAACAAGGGCGUGAAGUGUUGGUAGAUGGGCAGGAAAUGUCAAAGUUGCCUUUCACAGCUGCUGGUGCUUAUGUACAUGUUGUAUCUUCCAUCUUCCUGUUAGUGGAUCUUCCAAAUGGGCUAGAAAUUUGGUGGGAUGGCGUAACUCGUGUCUAUAUUGAUGCUCCAGCCAGUUUUCAGGGGAACACCAAGGGCCUGUGUGGGACAUUUAAUCAGAACCAGAAUGAUGACUUCCUGACUCCAGAAGGUGAUGUAGAACAAGAUGUAGCAGCAUUUGCUAAUAAAUGGAAGACAAAUGAAGUUUGUGAGGAUGUUCUGGAGAGGGAGGCAUCCAGCCAUCCCUGUGAUGUCAACGCACACAACAGAGCCACUGCUGAGAAACAUUGCUCAAAAUUGAAAGGAUCACUCUUUGAAGGAUGUCACUGGCUAGUGGACCCAGAGCCUUAUUACCAGGACUGCCUGUAUGACCUUUGCUCCUGUCAAACAAAGGUUUCACAGUGUUUGUGUUCCAUAUUUGCUGCGUAUGCAAAGGAAUGUACCCACAAGGAAAUCAUGAUUGAUUGGAGAAAUGACAUCAGAGAAUGUGGUGUUCAUUGCCCUGGUGGACAGGUGUACCAAAUAUGUGGUAAUACUUGCACACACUCGUGUUAUGACAUCUCACUGAAUCCGCAGUGCAGGAGGCAGUGUGUUGAGGGUUGCAACUGCCCUGAAGGGCAAACCAUAGAUACUACAACAGGAGAAUGUAUUCCUGUGGGACGCUGUGUCUGCCAGCAUGAUGGUGUGGAGUACCCAGCUGGUUUCCAAGAAGUCAGACCAGGGAAUAAAGGGCUGGAACUUUGUCUGUGUCGUAAUGCCGUAUGGGAGUGUCGACCUGCAACACCCGAAGAGUCCGAAGAAUUUCCUAAGACGGGAGCAUUGUUAGCUGGUUGCAGUCAUGAAGGAAACCAGGAGUUCACCACCUGUGAGCCUGUGGAACCUGUAACAUGCAAGAACAUGCACAGUCCUCCACAGUACAGCCCUGCCAUAUGCAGGACAGGUUGCAAAUGCAAGAAAGGAUACGUACUGGAUUCACACACGAAGAAGUGCAUUAAACCAGUUGACUGUCCUUGCCAUCAUGGUGGGAAGAGUUAUGGAGAGGGUGAGACCAUGCAAGAAGAUUGCAACACUUGCAAAUGUGAAUCUGGCAAGUGGUCAUGCUCGGAGCGUGUCUGUGCUGGUAUAUGUACGGCCUGGGGUGACUCCCAUUACAAGACAUUUGAUGGACGGAUCUAUGAUUUCCAUGGAAACUGUGAUUAUGUUCUGGUGAAGGGCUCACUUGGCUAUGAUGACAUAUUUGAUAUUUCAAUACAGAAUGUGCCAUGUGGAUCAGAUGGCAUCAGCUGUUCCAAGUCAGUCACAUUGAGGGUGGGGUCAUCUGAGAAACAGGAAAUAAUCACCUUUACAAGAGAGAAACCUGUUCCUUCACACACAAACUUAGGAAGAAUAACAAUCCGUGAAGCUGGUCUAUUUGUGUUUGCUGAGGUCUUUGACUUGGGUUUAGUUCUUCAGUGGGACAGAGGAACCAGAGUUUACAUCAGGGCUGACCCAAAAUGGAAGGACAGGCUGAAAGGCUUGUGUGGUAACUACAAUGAUAACCAAUUAGAUGAUUUUCAAACUCCUUCUGGUGGUCUAAGUGAGGUAUCUGCUAGACUGUUUGGUGAUUCAUGGCGGCUCCAGUCUUACUGCCCAGAAUCAGUCGAUGUUGAGGACACAUGUCUCAGUCAUCCAAACCGCAAGCUGUGGGCUAUGAAGAAAUGCGGAGUAUUGAAGUCAUCUGUUUUUCAGCCUUGCCACUCUGAAGUACCACUGGAACCGUAUCUUGAAAGAUGUAUUUUUGAUGCAUGUGGCUGUGAUUUGGGUGGUGACUGUGAGUGCCUGUGUACAGCCAUUUCAGCUUAUGCUCAGGAGUGUAACAUACGAGGUGCAAGCAUAAAAUGGAGAUCACAACAGCUGUGCCCAAUCCAGUGUGAUGAGAAGUGUUCACACUACAGCCCAUGUGUGCAGACCUGCCCAAAGCAGACAUGUGACAAUUACAUCAUUCACAGCAAUCUCAAUCAGCUUUGUAGUGAGGAUGCAUGUGUCGAAGGCUGUGAGAUAAAGCCCUGUCCUCCUGGCCAAGUCUUCAACAAUUUAACAUCACUUGAAUGUGUGCCUGUUGCUACCUGCAAGCCAUUCUGCAUGCAGAUAGGUGACGUGGUAUUUUAUGAAGGUGAUAUUGUGGAGCAAGAUGACUGCCAUAAAUGCACAUGCUCUCACCAAAAGAAAACGUGCCUUGGCCAGCCUUGUACUUCUGCAACGUAUACUCCAUCAACACCCACACCUAUAUCAGCAAUCACAAGUAUACCACAGGAAACUGCGCCACCUUCAUGUACAGGAGGUUGGACAAAAUGGCGAAGCAAGGAUAAUCAGAAGUCUGGAACAGACACUGAUGUCGAGCCACUUCCUACAGUAAAUGAACUGAUGGCAGAACAAAGUCCAGCCAUAUGUAACGUCACAGAAAUGAAGAACAUAGAAUGCAGAGUUAUUGAAACUCAGCAGUUCUACAAGGACACUGGUGACAAUGUGGAGUGCAGCAUAAUGAAUGGGGGACUCAGGUGUGUCGGUGGAUGUCACAACUAUGAGAUUCGUGUCCUGUGCAAAUGUCCAAGGUACUGUGAUGUAAAUAAUCCAAAUUCACCACAUCCUGGGGAUUGUCACCGCUUCUACCACUGUAAAGAUACACUUGAGGGUCCUGAACUGGUUGAGAAAACAUGCGGGCCAUAUAUGAUGUAUAAUCACAUGAAGCAAGUAUGUGACUGGCCAGCCACUGUUAUAGCACUUCGGCCAGAAUGUGCAGCAACCACACCUGAAGCUACAACAGAGACUGCAACAACACCAACUGCAGGGCCUACACCAAUGAAAUGUAAGCCAGGAUGGAGUCAUUGGUACAACACACCACGCACAUCAACUGGAGAUUAUGAAAGCCUGAACGAUUUGGAAGCUGAAGGAAAAUUACUCUGUAGAAGACAUGAGAUCACUGACAUUGAAUGCAAGUUCUACAGGAACAAUACCAGAAAAACUGUGAAAGGUGGUUUCAAAAGUAGGUUAGAAAAGCUAGACUACACAAAGUCUGAUGAUCAUGUGACUUGCAAGUUGUCAUCAGGCUUGGCAUGUAACAAUGGACAGCAGAGGGAUGGGCUCUGUGAAGAUUAUAUUAUUCGAGUGUUUUGUACCUGUGAAGAAACCAUGGUUGGCACAACUGCCUCAACUUCUUUGAUAGAAACCAGCACAGUUGGCACAACUACCUCAACUGCUGUUAGUUCUUCAUGUGGUGAAAAUGAAGCGUGGAGCAGAUGUGUGGUGCCAUGUUCCCAAAUCUGUCUCUAUUAUGAUUUUGCACUCAGACAAAAUGGCUUCUGCUCCAGUGUUGAAGAUUGUGUACCAGGCUGUGUACCUGUAGAUGCAGUUGUACAGUGUCCUGUGGGCUCCCUGUGGCGAGAUGCUGUCAGUUGUGUCAGAAUUUCUGAUUGCACAUGUCGAUCUCACAGUGGUAAACCUGUCAAGCCUGGGUCAGUGGUGCAAGAAUCAGAGUGUGAGGUGUGCCAGUGUUUUGAUAACCAAUAUGAGUGUGAUGCCACAGCAUGCAACCGAACAACAUUCUCCACUGAGGAAACUCCAUCAGAGUAUGUUACUACUGUGCUUCCUGUUACUGUGACAGUGGGUCUUCCUGUUACACCAACAUUAAAACCAACGGUUACUCCACCACUUCCAUGUGACAUACACAGGAUGAAUUACAUAAUUGAGGAGCUACCAGAUGUGAAAUUUAGCUCAGCAAAUGCUCUAAAUCCACACGAACAUAACCUCCAGUAUAUUUCCUCAGAAUCGUCAGAUGCAGUAUGGAAACCUGCAGAUAACAAUAAAGAUCAGUACUUGCAAGUCGAUUUGGGAAACCUGGAACCAUUGUAUGGAACAGCUGUAUGGGGGAACCCAAAAGAGGAUGAAUAUGUUACCAGUUACAUGGUUUUGUACAGUGAUAAUGGACAGCGUUAUACUUAUGUCACUGAUGAAGAUAAUUCACCAGCGAUUUUCCGAGGUCCUGCAGAUCACAAAAAGAAGUUGGCACAGCAGUUCUUCCAACCAAUAGAGGCUCGUUACAUCAGAUGGAAUCCUCGUACAUGGCACAAUGCUAUUGCGAUGAAGGUUGAUCUGCUAGGCUGCGGAGAGUUAACAACACAGGGUACCACUCUCACAUCAGAAGGACUCACAUCCCCUACACUUUAUGAAGUCUGCAGGGAUCAAAUGGGAUUAGAAAAUGGUAUGAUGGCUGACCAACAAUUUACUGCUUCAUCUGUUCAUGAUGGAGAUGUAAGAUUUGGCCCAGCACAAGCCAGGCUGAAUGGGAAUGCAGCAUGGGUUCCUUCAACGCACCGUCACAAUCAGUGGAUUCAGUUUGAUUUCUUGGAACCACGAAACUUGACAGGAAUUGUUACUCAGGGAAGUGAAGCACUGGACAGUUGGGUUGAAACUUACACUGUCCAGUACAGCCAUGAUGGCAAAGCAUGGAACCCUGUCCUUGACCCAGCUACACACUCAGAAAAGGUGUUCCUGGCUAACUUUGACAGUGUUACACCACAUCGAAAUUUGUUUGACAGAAUCUUGCAUUCCCGUUACCUCAGGCUUUUCCCCACGAAGUGGCAUGAGAACAUAGCAUUGAGAACAGAGGUGCUGGGAUGUUAUGAACCAUACCCAACACCACCUUCCACUGAAGUGCCCUCUACCACUUCAGUCCCACCACAGUGCAACCCUUGCCCUGGAUGGCACAGUGAAGACUCUAUAACAGCAGAACUGUGCCAAUGUCCAGAGGGUAAAUUGUGGAAUGGAGAGAUUUGUGUAAAUCGAACAGAAUGUCCCUGCUAUGUGGGAUACAUUACUUAUGCAGUGGGGACAUUGUUUGACUCCCAAGACUGCAAAGAGUGUAUUUGCAAAAUUGGAGGCAUUGCUAGCUGCAAGGAGAAAAUAUGUCCACAUUGUGAACAGGGUCUGCAGAGACUACUGACCCCUUCAUGUGGAUGCAUUUGUAAGCCUUGUCCAUCUGGCACAGUCCUGUGCCCAACAAGCAACAUUUGCAUUAAUGCCACAUCUUGGUGUGAUGGUGUGGAAGACUGUCCUGAUGAUGAGAGUGACUGUACCACACCAACUGUCCCAACUACACCAACUUUAUUAUUUACAACACCAACAACUGCUGAAGGAACACGAGCUCCAUCGUGCCCACCAAUGGAAUGCCCAGAAGGGUUCAAACUGGUCUUGAAAAAUUCUGAGCAACUGAAGACACCAGAGGAGUCCUCAGCAGCAUUCAAGGGAAGAUUCAAAGGUGUUAAGGGUGGAAGGAAAAUUGGAAGAAUCAACAAUAUGCUACCGAAACCUCAGAAGCUUUUGGAGGGAGAGUCAUGUCAGGAAUUCACGUGUGUAGCUGUAGAAGAGUGUACUGUACCUAAAUGCCCACACAAAUACACGCUGCAGGCUGUCAGUAAAAAGAAUAAUAUUAAGCUUAAAUGCCCCAUCUACACCUGCAUUCCGCCUGCACUGCCUCAUGCCUCCUGCAACAUCACAGGACGAACCUUCCACAUGUUUGACGGUACCAAGUUCAAGUAUGAUAUCUGUAACCAUAUUCUGGCACGAGACCUUGAGAAUGACAACUGGGAUAUCUCAGUGUACAAAGACUGUCCAGAUGUGGCUGCCAUUUGCACUCUGCAUCUUGUUAUAGUUCAAGAUGAAAAUGAGAUCCAGGUCCAUCCGGAUUUGAGCGUGCGUUUUAAUGGCUACACAUAUAACAUCCAACAGUUACAGAGAAUUGGCUCACAACUGAAGGAGUCCUUCACAUUGUCACUUGUGGGUGGCAUUCUGCUCUUCCAGUCACGACGCUAUGGUUUCCAGGUCAUGUGGGAUACACAGGAAAGCAUAAAGAUAUCUGUGCCAGGCAAAAUGUCUGGCCAUGUUGAUGGGCUGUGUGGGUUCUUCAGUCGGAACAUGACAGAUGAUAAAAUGAAGCCUGAUGGAAAACUAGGCAGAACAACAGCUGAAUUUGCAGACAGCUGGAUUAAUCCCUUCCUUGAAGCAAAAUGUAGACCUGUUUUGUGUCAUCCCACUCUUCAGGAAAAAGCUCUACACAUGUGCUCUCUUGUCAGAGAGCCACUGUUCGCACAGUGUGGAGGAGUAGUGAGUGUGGAGGAAUAUAUUUCUCACUGCAUCGAGACAGCGUGCUCAUGUCUGCAGGCUACCAGAUCUACAGAGGCCGGCUGCCGAUGUCAGGCUCUUCUUGGUUUUGUAACUCAGUGCACUGCUGCUGACCCGAGUGUCGAUCUCUCCUCAUGGCGUGUGCAGCAUGAUUGCCCGGCAUUCUGCCCACCUCCACUUGUGUACCACGAUUGUUUCCAGCAGGAGUGUGAGCGAAGUUGCAGCAGCAUGAAGGAUGGAUCUCAGUGCCCCUUUAUGUCUGGUACUUGCAUUCCAGGCUGCUUCUGUCCAGAUGGCUUAGUGCGGAAAGGAGACAAGUGUGUGAAGCCCAGUGAAUGCCGUGACUGUGUGUGCGAUGGAUUUGGUGAUCCUCAGUACCUGACAUUUGAUCGUUCGAACUACACAUUUAAUGGAAACUGUACUUACGUUGCUGCAAGAGAUAUUAAUCCACAUGGAAAACAUACCUUUCAGGUUCUGGUAACCAAUGUCCAGUGCAAAGAUGAGCCAAUUUCAACAUGCACGAAGGGUGUGGUAAUUGAGUACCAAGGGCAUAGAGUUCAUGUUCAGAGGAAAGAAGGAGAUAAAACACAUGAGCUGGAAGCUUCUGUUGAUGGAAACAUCAUAAAUAAAUUCCCAUUGAUUAAUGACUGGAUGCAGAUGGAACAAGUGCGGGGAAUGGAAGUGACUGUGCUAAUACCUGAGAUUCAGCUGGAAGUUUCAUACUUUUACCAUAACUUUGCAUUUGUUGUGCGUCUUCCCUCACAUACUUACGGAAAUAUGACAGAAGGACUUUGUGGUAACUGCAACAAUGACAACAAGGAUGAUUUCAUGACAAAGUAUGGAACAGUUACCAAAGAUACGGAUGAAUUUGGUAAGAGCUGGCUUCAUCAACUACCAUCAGAAACAGGGUGUACUGUGAUUCCUGAACCUGGUGCGUGCAUGCCACUACAUCCUGAUAAGGAUCCGUGUUUCAAGAUUUUGGAUGAAGAGAGAUUUGGAGGGUGUCAUCCUUUGGUGGAUCCUUACCCAUAUGUGGCUGCCUGCCAGUAUGACAGGUGCCACAGUACUGACAAACAGUCUUCUUCAUGUCGUGACUUAGAAGCAUAUGCCAGAGCAUGCAUGCAAGCUGGACUAUGUCUCAACUGGCGGACAAAUGCUUCCUGUCCAUAUACAUGUCCAGAAGGUUUUGUGUUUCGUGCAUGUGGUCUUGGCUGCCCCCAGACUUGUGACAAUUACAAGAGUUUGAGAGAAGACCCUAGUUCUUGUGAUCUUAGUCAAGUAGAUGGCUGUUUCUGCCCAGAUGGCCAGGUCCUCAUUGAUGGUGUCUGUAAAGAUUUCAUACAUUGCUUCCCUUGUGACGAGGAAGGUCAUCUUCCAGGCCAGAUGUGGAAUCCUGACAACUGUACAACAUGCACCUGCUCAAAAGAUGGAAAAGUAGCAUGUUUGAAAACUGAAUGUCCAGCUGUUGAGACAGUGUGUGAUAAAGAGAUGACUACAGUAGCAGUUCCUGGCACAGAAGAUGACUGUUGCCAAAAAUAUUUCUGUGUUCUAUCACCAACAGCAGAACCCACAGAAGUGCCAUGCCCUGAGUUCCAAAUACCACUGUGUCAUGAUGAUCAGCAUGUACAGAGCACCACUAAUACUCAUGGCUGCACUGAGUUUGUUUGUGCUUGCAAACCUUGUGAGCCUCAGGAAGAAGGAACACAAGAUGUAGAUGUUGAAGUAAAUCCAUUAGAUCUGGAAGGUGCUGCACUAAAUGGUAGACCUCAGGGUCCACACAGAGGUCAUGGCUGGGUUCAGGUGAAUGAUACAAAAGGGUGCUGUCCGCGACUGAAAUGGGAGUGUCGACAAGACAGAUGUCCUAAACCAAAGCCUUGUCAAGAGCACUUCAAGCUUGAGGAGCUCCCAGUGAUUAAUGGAGAAUGUUGUCCACAAUAUAAGUGUGAGCCUCCAAAGGAUAUCUGUCUAUAUGAAUAUCGGUAUAUAUCUGAUGCUGCUGGAGGUGAAAGGCCUCGGAAAACAGAUGAAAAAUUUAUUUCUCCCAAGCAGCCUGGCUCCCAUUGGGAUGACGGUCCUUGCCGUACUUGUCAGUGUGAAGGGACUUCUGCAGGAGGAUAUCAUCCUGUAUGCAAAGUCCAGACCUGCUCCGACUUCUCAAAUGAAAAGGAAGCAGCAGAGUAUGAACUAGAGAAGGUUCUAGUGCCCAACCAGUGCUGUCCCAGCAUUGUGAGGAUAGCUUGCAAAGAGGGAGAUUCAGUUUACAAGGUUGGCUCUGAGUGGCCAUCACCAAAUGGUGAUCCCUGUGAAACAUACACAUGUCAGGCAGUGACCGGCAUGGUGCAGAAAGUCCAGAAGAUACAGAAAUGCGACGUUCAGUGUGAACUGGGUUUUGAGAAUGUGAAACCUCCGGCAAACAAAUGUUGCGGUCAUUGUCGUCAGUUUGCUUGUGUGGUUGAUGGUAAAUUGAAGGAGGUGAACUCAAAUUGGACAUCCGCUGAUCUGUGUACAACCAACUUCUGCUUGCUUCAUAAUGGAAGUCACGUGGUGCACUCGGUGACUGAGAAGUGUCCUCUUCCUCCACUAGAACUGGAGACAGAGUAUGUGUUGAAUGAAGAACCAGUUCCACACCAGUGCUGCAAUAAGAUAGUUCCAGUUGCCUGCAGAGUUGGUGAUAACAUUUACAAGGAAGGUGAGAGCUGGCCUUCACCUGAUGGUGAUCCUUGCAAGAAUCUGACUUGUAUAAAAGGUACAGAUGGACAGAUGAGGAAGGAAGAAAAUUCACAAGUCUGCAACACUGAAUGUGCUCUGGGCUGGCAAUACAUACCACCACAUGCUGGUUCUCUUCAUUGCUGUGGGAAGUGCGAACAGGUUGCAUGUUUUAUUGGCGACAAACUAUACAAGCCUGGAACAGAGUGGUCAUCUGAUGAUGGAUGUCUCACCCACAGCUGUAGCAGUAGUUUCACUGUAACAACCAUGAUGCCAACAUGUCCAGAAUUAAACUGUGCACCUGAAAAUAUUUACACAGAUGGUUGCUGCCAGCAAUGCAAUGUGUCUAGUGAAAGUCAGGGUCCAAUGUGUGAAGCAGUAGCAGUACCACCAGAAAACACAGUGGGAUUAAUUUCACUUGUCAGAGAACCUUAUGGCAGGUGUACCAACACCCAUAAAAUUGAUGGUUUUGCUGAGUGCAUUGGAAAAUGUGACUCUCGUACUGUCUACAAUUCAAAGACCGGCUUGCAUGACAGCUCCUGCCAUUGUUGCACGCCCACGAAACUGCGUCACAUGAAUGUGACACUUGUCUGUGAAGAUGAGACAAGUCAUUCUUUGCAUGUCUCAGUACCAGUUGAAUGUUCGUGCUCAGUAUGUUCUGCAUCAAAGCCAGAAUCCAACCAUACAGGUGGCAGGAGCACAGAAAAUAUUAAAUUGUUAAUGAAGGGAGCCGAGGCAUAGAAAUUGUUCUUGGAAAUACAGUCAGGCAUCCAAAAUUAAGAACUGCAUAUAAGCAGAUUUCAGUAUGAAAGCAUCUCCAUAUGCUUCUUGAGUAACUACCCUCAUAUGUUAUUGUCUUCUGUGAUGUGACUCCAUUCAUUCCAGUAGAAAGUUACCAGUGUCUUGGAAGAACCUGCUGUCUCCACCUUUAGGAUAUAACAGUAAGCCACACCAUAAAUCUAUACCCUCAUUUUCCUGCAUAGCUCACUCUUCUAUCCUGAACAUGGAGAUGGCAGGUUCCUCCAAAAUCCGGUACCUUCCACCAGAUUACAUGAUGUCACAUCUCAGAAGACACUGAUCUUUUUCACCAAUACAAGGAAUUCAGGUCUCACAUCUUACCUUAAAAUGUUCUUAAUCUGUUAACAGACUACUUUUUGUGAUAACUUACAUAGUUAUUAUGGCAACUGGACAACGUAAGCAGUCAAAGGAUUUACUUGUAAUCAUGACAGUAAUUGUUUGAAAAUUUUAUUUCAAAAACAUACAGCAUAUUAAGUUCUAUAUUAUACAUUAUUACAAUAAUUAUUAAAUAAUUUAAUGCACAA